UCCGCAAACCGCGCCGUCGAGCGCCUGACUCAUUUCGAGUAGCCGUGCUAGUCGCGUUCUGCCUUUCACGGCGAUCGUGUGUACGUUUAUACUUCGCGCGUCAGUAAGCAACGAGACUUUCACGUGAGCGAUUAUAUCGCUGUUCCGAGUUAUGUGCGCAAACGCACGCUUCAAUAAUCCCUUGAUCAGUCGAUCGUGACAGUGCCAAUGUCUCCUAGUUUAGAGGGGAUCAUGUUUAACAGGAGCACGAACCUGUCAGCGAGGCGGCCGUUGCUUGCAGAACCGCAAAAGGCUGUGGUGAUACCACCACGAGCGCCACCUCGCGACUAUGGUCCACAACGACCCUUACCCGCACCUCGGAAUAUGCCAGCGAAGUGUCCUUAUGAAUAUAAGGCAGACUGUUGGAAACCUUCGAACGUCGAUAUCGAAAAACGACUGCAAGAGACGAGAGCACGGGAGAAGAUUGGUUACUUUCAAGAUAAAGUAACCGCUCCGGAGUUAAAUUUAGACCGUAGGGAAGCGGAGUUAGUGUUUAGAUUCGACCCUCACGCGUCCGCGGAAUAUUUAUCGAGUCAGUAUCAAGCUCCUACAGUUCAGUAUGCAAAGCCCCCGACGCCGGCAAACGGGUUUGCUAACCGUCUACCGGAGAGAGACGGGCCUUUUGUAUUCGGAGUCCACAGCCCUAGCCAGUUCCCUACUUCGCGUCGGGAUGAAGACGAUUACGAUUAUUCAGAAGUGACUGAAGAAAGCAGUCGGCCUGUGAUACGAGAUGAUGAGUCUGCAGAAUUAAAUUGCUGUGAUAAAGUGAAUGAGUGGGCAGUAAGGGAUAAAAAAAGUCGUAGAACUUUAAAUCGAAUGUUUCAAAUCAAAGAUAGACGAAAAGUGAAAGGUGGGAAGAAGGAGAAGAUUAAGUGUGUGUUAGUUGGUGAUGGAGCUGUAGGAAAAAGUUCUUUAAUAGCUGCCUAUGCUCAAGACACGUUCCGGGAAGAUUAUCAACCCACUGCAUACGACACAUUCAAUGUUGUGGUGGAUGUUGACGAUCGGCCUGUCUGCGUGGAAAUCUGUGAUACUGCGGGUCAGGACUCCAUGUCCGAGCUCCGAGCCCUCUGUUACCCCGGUACGGAUGUGCUUAUGCUGUGCUUCUCCGUGGUGCGACCGGAAACGUUCCGGUCGGUUGCCGAACGGUGGACGCGUGCAGUCGCUAGUGUGGACGCGCCUUUAGUGCUCGUUGGUACGCAAAGCGACUUGGCACUUGAUGGACGUGUUAUACAUACUUUAAAGGCCCGUGGAGAGCACGCAGUUACAGAAUCUGAAGCCCGAGCUUUAGCUGCAAAAAUUAAUGCAGUAUAUGUAGAAACUUCGGCUAAAACUAGGAAACAGUUAAAGGACGCUUUUGACGCCGCCAUCCUAGCAGGUCUGCCAGUUAUACAACACAAGCGACCUCUUUGGAAGAAGUUAUUAUGUUUGGAUUAAAUAAAGAACAGAAAAAGUUAUGUACCUUUCAAUUUGAAAUUGAGAUGACAUGCUUAUCAUUAUAAAAUAUUUAAAAAAAACAUCCAAAUAAAUACGUCUAAGAAUGAUCCACACUGCAAAUAUAUUUUUUCCAAAGUGUAGAAUAAAACUCUUAGCGAUUAAGUGUUUAAAAUGUAAUGUGCCUUAUAUGACGAAAUCUUUUUAAAAGUAAAUUGGAAAUGAUGACUGUAAUUUAGUAUAUGAAUUUUUAAAAUUAGAAAUAAACGAUAAUGUGAAUGUUAAAAUAUAUUUUUACUGAUUAUAUGAUUUAAACUUAAUAGUAUUUGAAUUAAUAAAUCGAAAUAUAUUGAUUAUAAUAUAAAGCAAAAGCUAUCUUUUACCUCAAAGUGAUGUACAACUUCAAAUAUCGAAUAGCAGAUUAUUUUCUUCUUUCCACUUAUAAUAAAUUUAAAUAUAUAAUGUUUGCCAUCAGAUGAAUUAAAAAUGGCUUUUUGACUAGGAUUAAAGUUGUGAUUCCGAAAACAAUUUUAAAAUAUUUAAUACUAAGCAUUUCUCCGUUACGUACCUUUAUAAAACUUGCCUAAUUUCAUUAUUAAAUUUUAAACAUGUGUUGAGGCUUAAUAUAAACAAUAUGUAUAUAUAUUAUUGAACUGUAAUUAAUGUUUUGUAAAAAAAUGUUAAUACCAUAAAAAAUAUCGUUCGAUUGUAUAAUAAAUAAUUAAUUGUAGUUUUAGUGGAAUAUAUUUUCAUUGUUACAUAGUUUGUAUAUAGUAAGCAUGACUGCAUAUAGUUGUUUUGAUACUCAACACGAACUGAUAAUUAUAUUUUAAUACGGA